GUCUUCCCCUCUCGUGUCCCCCACGCUCAGCACAAAAAGAGAAGAUGUUCGGUCAGGCUGUCAAGGCGCUGCGCCCCAUCCGCGAGUUUCUCGUCGGCUUUGCUGUCACGGGCUACAUCUUCCUCUCCAUCGACAUCACAGACGAGAUGAAGGAGAACUCCAAGUACCUCAACCCCCACAAGCACCACGAUGAGCACCACUAA